AUGAACAAUUUCAUACUUAAAUUAAGUUGUAAGGUGCAUUAAGAAAAUAAAAUAAUAGGUAUAUGUUAAAAUAGUUCAUGUUUAAAAGGGGCACUUUAUUGUAUUGAUUGUUUGACAUUAGAUCAUUCAGAUCAUAUAUAAUAAACAACCAAUGUUAGUGAUCUUGAAAAUAGGCUAGAAGAAUUUAUCUUGUCAAUGUUAAUUAAUAGCAGGAUUAGAGGAAGUUUAAACUCUAAUUUUUAAAUCUAAGAAUUAUUUAAAGAUAUCAAAAUAUAAACAUAAUAAUUAGAUCAUUAAUUUUGUGAAUCAAUAAGUUUAAACAAUCCUAAUAAUAACAUAGAGUAAAAUGAAUUAAUAGUUCAUUAAGAAAAAGAUAAAUGUUUUUCAAAUGAAGAAAUAGUUGAUUUAUAAUAGAAGAUAGAAUGUGUUAAAUGUAAAAAUAGUUUAGAAUAAAGUGAAAUAAAAAAUGAUGUUGAAUCUAAUAUUUGUAAAAGUUGUUUAGGUUAAAAAUGUUCAAAAUGUUAAUAAUUCUUUAAUUAUUCUUUAUAGAAUAUUGAAAAUGAGAUAUAUUGUAAAGAAUGUAUAAAAUGUCAUGAAUGUAAUAAAUAAAAACCAAGAUAAAUGUCUGGAUCCUUUUUUUAUCAUGAAGAUUGUUUGAAGAUAUCAUAAGAUUCAAUACUUAAAAAAGAAAUGAUUGCUUAUAUUAAGAAAUCUUUUGGAACAAAAUUAAAAAAAGCCGAUAAAGACAAUUCAAUUACUUAUUUUUAAUCUGAGCCAUAUCCUUGUUUAAAUAUAAAAGAUUAUUCGGGAUAUGUGAUUGGUUAUAUUCAUCCACUUAUAAAGAGUAAUAUUACAAUUGAUCCUAAAAUAUAUAAAAUAACAUAAGAAAUGGCAGAUAAAUAUUUAAAUGAAGAUUUAGAUUAAUUUGAAAAACAGUUAUAUGAAUUUUAUUUAAGAUAAAAUAAAAAGCCACAGGAAAUUCCUGAAAACAUGGGAAUGUUACUGUUGUUUGUUCUAUUCAUUUUUAAAGAUUUUAAUACUAUUCUCAAUUUAGCUUUAUAAUAAAGUUAUAACCAUCUCUACGUUGAAAUUACUAAAAUAAAAUAUACAAGAUAAGAAGGUAUGAAUACUAUAAGAGGAAGAGUUGAAAAAGCAUUAGAUUUCUUUAAUGAUCGUUUUCAUAGAGAAGAUGGAAGUGUUAGACAAAAAGAUUUAAAAACUUAGAUGAAAAAAUUCUUACCUUCCUUUAAAAGAGAUUGA